CCGAGCCAAUAAAAAAAUCGAUUUUUCGAAAAUUCUACAAUCUGUUUUACUCUCAAUAUUCGCCGUACUGUUGAAGAACCGAGUCACUUUAGAGAAUACGAAAUACGAGAAAAAGAAGAGCCUUGAGUGCCAUUCGACAAUUUUCAGGGUGGAAACAAUCUCCCGAUGGGAUCAAAUAUUCGAAUAAUUUAUCGUAUAAACUUUCGAAAUCUCAUUCCAGAAACGAAUUUAUAAUAAUGCAGUUCUCUUUCAGCACGCGUUAUCGGAAUCAUCACGUUUUAUGCGUCGAUAAUAAAUUCGCAUGCCUUACUCUCCCACGGAGAAAUAGAAGGUCUCCAGCUCAUCGCGAAUCACAUAAACAAUGACUCGUUCCUAUUCGACGAAAACACGGCAAAUUGGAACAAAGUUUCCGCCCCCUUGAGCCUCUUCAUUCUUAAGGGUAUAGCCUGUUACGUGAAUUUUGGAAUUAUCAGAAUGAGAUGUCCGGAAGAACUUGGUUUUUUCGAUAACAAAACUGAGUCCGUUAGAAUGGGUUACAGUCUUUUCUCGAACGAAUUGGAUAAACUCGGAUUUCACAUAAAAUCGAGAAUUUUCUUUCCUUCCGGUGAUGCCAAACCGGCACCUUACCGUGUUGAAUACUACAGAGAGGCAUUUCAUUCCGAAAUCGAAAGUAUUCCAGUUAUCAAUGGAUCGUUGGAUAUAAAAUAUGUUGCAGACUGGAUAAAAAAUCAAACACAUACUGCAUUGACCGAAAUAUAUCGACCGCAAUCCACUGGACCCAAGCCGCUGAUGCUUCUCGUAAAUACAAUCCACUUUAAAGGAUUUUGGAAAACUCUAUUCAAUGAAGAUUCGAGAGCACGAAUGUUUUUCCAUCCGCUUGGCGGAGCUGGGACGGACGUGGCCGCUGUUAAAAAACUGGCCAACUUUCGAGUUGGCCAACUGGGCGAUUGCAACGCACGGUUUAUCGAACUUCCAUUCGAGAACGAUCCGCUCUUCAUCGGUGACAGUUCGUUGAGCAUGUUCAUCAUAUUGCCCAACGAGUAUGAAAACAGCAAGUGGAAGGAGUUUCUCUCAAAUUUGAAGAGAGUAAAUCUGACUCAAAGACUUUCCAACAGCACAGAAAAAAUGGUCGACUUCUCCAUUCCGUUGUUCAACGUUUCAAGUGAGCUGUCAACCAACAGUGCGAAGAGCAAUCAACAGUCUUUCUACAUAGAGCUGCCCCUCGAUUCGGUUCUCACUUUUCCGAUGUUAACUCCACGGUAUGAAACCUUAGAUAUGGGAGAAGCUGCGUCGAAGAUCGCGAUGCGAUUCACUCAGCACGGCAUAGAUUUCGCUGCAUCGAGUGGAGCAUUAUAUAACAAGAUGGAUGAAGAGACGAACCGAAUGACUCGAUCGCUGGGACCAUCUGAAAAUGAGAUGAAGGCAGAGUCAAAUCCAACGAGGGAGCUCGCUGAACCUGGAACUGAGGGAUUCAAGGUGGAUCGUCCGUUCGUUGCAGUCGUUACAAUUCACGGGGAAAUUAACUCGACGCUCUUCGCAGCCCAUAUUACUGGAAUAGGCGACAACCUCCUACGCGUCAACCAACCGAAUGCAGAAUAAUUCAUUUUGUUGAUUUUUUACAUAUUUUUUGAGAGAGCAUCAAACACCCCUGACUCGAUGGCAGAUAGUCAAUUCAACUGCAGCAAUUCUGUACUAGACACUGUGGCUGGCUGUAUUUCAAUACACAAAAGUUGUCGAGUGCCUGAGAGGCUAUUACAAUCUUUCCGAAUCGAUUGACAACGAAUAUUAAAUAUUAGACAUCCAACCUUCAAUAUUAACAUUAUACACUGGAAACCAGGCACAAUUUGAGCUUAAUUUCACGAGUGCGAAGAUCCCAAGAUUGGGAGGGAAGAACCGAAGAAUUAGACGGCCAAGUUCGCAAUGCCCUGACGUCUAUGAUGAUCAGUCGAAAAAAUGUAUCUUUCUCGUAUCACUUGAAAAUUAAAUGCAAAAUCAAUAAAAACAAUCGAGCACGGCAGGAACUCUUAUUUGUCCGAAUUGAUUAUAGGAAUUUUUGUUAUGGCUAUUCGGUCAUCCAAUCCGAAUCGCUGAUUAAUGUAAUUCCGUCACAAUACAAAUCUUCGUGGACACAGGAAGUAAUCGAACACUAAAAUUCACGUGUAUAAGCAUAGAGUUUACAUAUAUGUACAGUUAUACAUCUCGUGCAUAAGAACUUUGAUU